ACGCGCGCUUUACUUGCGCAUGCGCAAACGCUCACAACAACACGCAGGAAUCCCUGUGGUCUUUAGUCAACCACCCAUCGGGAAUUAUAAAUUUACCAGCACAAACUUUUUAAAUUAAUCACUAAAAAAUUUAACAUUUAUUGUUAUUUCUUAUUAUUUUUGGUGAUUUAUUAAAUUACUGUCCAGAGAAUUCUUAUAAAAAAUUAAUAAAAAUGGAAAAGGCAUUUUCAAACCUCGAAGAAAGUUUAAAAAACACAGAUGAUAAAAUUGAAUCAAUUACUUGGAGACUGGAGUCUUUUGAAAAAGAAUUUCCUUCUGGAGAAAAUCAGGAUUCGGUAAUGGAAUUAAUCCAAACAGUAUCAGAAAUAACAGAAGACUACCUAAACCUCCGAAAAGAAAUGCAGGAAGUCCAGCAAAUUCAAAAAGAAUUGACUGAUUCUUUAAAAUCAAAAGUGUCUCAUGUUCAAAAGCAGUACAUGAUGCUAAAAGAGAGGGUGAUCCAGUCUCAAGCGUACAAGGACUCCAAGGAACAAAAGUAAUCCUUUUAAAGACAUGUACGUUAUAAUAGGACUGACUUCGAUGUGCCAAAUAUUCUAUUUGAUCUUAGAUCUUUAGGUAGUUAAGUUAUUUUAUUGUUAUUUAGUGUUAAUUCACCGAUACCCUUAAUAACUCUGAUAAGAUUAGCUUUUUUGGUAUGUUAUUUUGAUAAUUUAU